ACACAGAGCGUCGACUGGUAACAGUGAACAUUGUAACGUGUGAUUUUCCAACCAGGCUAAUGCUAAUGGAGUGAAAAUAGGACGAGAAGAAAAGGAUUCAUCAAACUUGUUCCUCCCUAGUCAUCUUUGGAGAAUUAGCUUCCAGCAGUGAUGUUCACGGUAGUUCCUCUCAGUCCAAGUCUGGAGAGUUUGAGGCCUACGUCUCAAGGAAUUGCCAUCAUCCCCAGAAGCAGGAGCACCUCUCGCACACCCAGUGGAGACCUUCAGUGGAAAAAUGCUCUCAAAUCUGACUCUGCCUCCUCUGUGCAGUCAGUGGCAGAUGAGAAUCUGUCUUUAGCAGACAUUGAGAGCAUGCUCUCACAGAAAGUGGGAGAUAGGAAGGAUGACCUGAAGGCAGCUUUCCGUGCCUUUGACCAGGAGAGCAGGGGAACUAUCACCAAAGGAGAAUUUCGCCGUGUUAUAGAGGGCUUCCUUGUGCCACUUACUCAGUCACAGUUUGAAGCCUUGUUAGCAAAGCGAAAUGGAACAAUACCUUACCUGGAUUUCCUGCGACAAUACUGCAGGGUCUCAUCAGGAACUAGGAUACCUUCUGUAGGUGGUAGUCACCGGAGGUGGCCACUGGGAGAGCUACAGUGCCGCCUGAAGGACAAGAUUGGAGGCAACCUAAAAAACAUCACAAGAGCCUUUCGCCUGUUUGAUUAUAAUCGAGAUGGGCGGAUUCAACAGCAUGAACUGAGGAGAGUUCUGGAGAGCUACUGCUUUCCUCUGAGCCAGCAGGAAUUUCACAGGCUCUGGUCACACUACAGUCCAAAUAACUCACAAACAAUAUCCUACAAGGAGUUUCUUGAGAGGCUUGGUGUUGAUUGUGAGAACUACAGGAAGAUUGCACCUGACUCUGUAAAACUUGCUUUGAAUUGGGAUGCAGUAAACCGAUCAACAGCAAGGCCCAAAAGCAGAACAGCAGUUUGGACUGCUUCAUCUGAGACCGCAGAUUCUUUGGAUGAAAUCCACACCAAGUUUCUGAAAAAAAUGAGCUCAAAUUAUGCCUUUGUGGAAAGAGCCCUUCAAGCAUUUGACGUCAAAGACAGAGGUGUUGUCUCCCAUGAUGACCUGAAGUCAGUCCUGAGCAGUUUCCUUUUCCCAAUCAGUGACAGAAUUUUUCCGAGUCUCUUGAGCAGAUUUGGAGUGAACCCUGCAGAACCUGUGGAAUGGAGAAAGUUCAUUGGUCUAUUCAGAGAAGAUGUAUCCAUCAGGAAAGACACAGGUGCUGUAACCCCUGACUUGUCCAGUUUUGAAGAAGUCUUAUCAAAGUUAAGAGAGCAGAUACUUAAGGUUUUCCCUCUUCUGAAGAGAGGAUUCCUGGUCUUGGAUGAGAGCAGAACUGGAGUGGUCAGCAGGCCUGAUCUGCGGAGGCUUCUGGAGAGUUUGACCAUAAGGCUGACAGAUGAGCAGUUCAAAGGGCUGAUAGAUUUUUUCUGUGAACCAAACUCAGGAACAGUCAACUACCAGCACUUCAUGGACUUUAUCCAACAAAAAAGACCAGCAGUGGGUCAGGAGCAGAGUAGCAAGCCUCCAGAGCAGCCAGAGACCCAGUGUCAGCUUUCUGCUGUAUCUCCAUCAUCCACAGCAACCUGGCCUACGGUGGAGGAAAUUCUUAAGGAGAAGUUGUCUGAGCAAUAUGAUUCACUGAUGGUAUCUCUAAGCCUUGCGGACCCAAUGCAGAGCUGCUGUGUUCCUCCUGAAGACUUGAGAAAGCUCAUACAGCAGUAUGGGCUGCCACUGUCUGACAGCCACUUCAACAAGCUCUGUGAGCCAUUUAUAGAGUCUGGAGGAGUGAACUACAAGCUGUUGAUGAUGAGCCUUGGACUCUCCAAGAUUAGAAAGAUAAGAAGUGCUAACAAAAGUCCUAGCAUCAUAGAAAGGUCUGUUCUAAGACUCUGUCUCAAAAGUCUAGAGAACAAUAGGACUGGGAAGCAGGAGGUGGUGGAUGUUGUUCUAAGGAGGCUCAGAGACAGGCUGCAGAUGCAUGGAGUCACUCUUGAACACUAUCUAAUGGCCAUCUGCAGGUCUGCAGCAAUGCUUGACUUGAGAGACUUCCAGAAGAUUCUGGAUGACUGUAGAAUUUCCCUACAAGUGCCAGAGUUUCAGAUCCUCAUCCAGGCUCUUGGUUUCUGUGAUGGACAGAUCUCCUUUGCAGAAUUUGUGGCCAAAUAUGAAGAUGCUGUGCAAAAAGAAAAUGAAGAGCAAAGAAUAAAGUCAAGCAAUAUUAAAGCCAGCAGUGUGAUGUCCGCAGAGGACUGUUUCAAUCAACUUGAGAAGAGAAUCAAAGAUGUUCACGGGGAUGUUUUAACAGCAUUCCGGCUGAUGGACAGGAACAGAGAUGGACUGGUGUAUCAGAACGACUUCAGAGUUCUGUUUGACAGCCUGAAGUUUGUCACUAAGGAACAGGAAUAUCAGAGACUGCUGAAGCUGCUGGGCUUUAAGCCUGGCUCCAAUCUUAACUACGCUGAGUUCUUCCACAAGAUCCAGCCUAACAAGAGAAAUGGACUACAGCUCAUCACUAACAUGACAGCCGAUCAGUUGCUUGAACGAGCAUGUGAGCAGGUUCACACCUACCUAAUGACCUCUGUACGCACAGAGUGGGGAAAGUUCUCAAAGACUUUCUGCCAGUAUGGUGAGGAUGGUGAAAGUAUAAUUACUAAGAAUGAUCUGAGGAAUGUCCUUUACAAAUACUACUUGCCCAUCACUCCAAGAGAAUUUGAGAAAAUAUGGGCAAGGUACGAUGACGAUGGGAAAGGAUACGUCACUCAGACAGAGUUCCUGGACAAGUUAAAUAUCGUACCGAAUGAGUUUACGCAGCCAGUGAGUCCGAAAGAAAAGCCCACAAACAGAACAGCCUGUACGACCCCCCUCACAGAGACCACACUGCACAGGCUGCGGGAUCGGUUAAAGCUCAGCUUGGAAGAUGUGAGCAACAGCCUGGUGUCAAUGGAUAAGAGCAGAGAUGGCAAUGUGACAGUGACAGACCUGCUGUCUCUUUUAAAUAGACAUGGCUUCCAGAUAGAAGAAUUCCAGUUACUGCAUCUAAUCAACAAUCUUGGAGUUAAUGUCACACACAGUAAGCUGUCUUACCUUGAUUUUCUUGAGCAUCUUGCUGGUCCUGGAGCUGUAAUGGCAUCUCCACGCAGCCAAUCCAGAGGGUCUCCUACACCAGGAGAAGAUGUUGGAGAACUCAGCCCUGACAGAGCCUUACAGAGGGUCAGAGAGCUGGUCACCACCUUCUCAGACACUCUUUCCAAGGCUUUUAAAGCAUUUGAUAAAACUAAAAAUGGCAUGAUAGCUCAGCCUGAAUUUCGGCGGGUGCUGGACCAUUUCUGCAUCAGGCUCUCUGAUGUGCAGUACAAGAAGCUUCUGGCUAAACUCUCAGUCAGAGAUGGAGAAGAAACCAUGGUAGAUUGGAAGCAGUUUCUGCAAACCUUCAAUCUUCGCAAUCAAGAGACCUCCGAAGAAUGGCUAGAGAAGGUCCAGAAGAUGCGCUUCCCUAACCAAGCCCAUCCUCUGCCAAUCAGUGAUAUAUUACAGAGGAUUCGAGAGGUGGUCACUGCUCGUCUUUACACCAUAACCAAGGAGAUGGUGGACCUGGACUAUGCCAGCAUGAAUGCCAUUUCAAAAGAGCACUUCAAGGUCAUCUGUGACCACCACUUCAUGAGACUUACUGUUGAUCAGUUUGAAAAGCUGUGGAAAAUGUUGCCUGUCAACUCACAUGGCCGCCUGGAUUACCGUGAGUUCCUGAAGAAGUUCAGUGGAGAAAUGCAAGAACAGGAAAAACCUGGAGUAUCACCUUCCCCAGACCGUUUAGUCCCAUCAGAGAGCUCACCUGCUGUUCUGCCACAAUGCCCUAAAUCUGCAUCCUGCAUCCUUGAACGAAGCAAGUCAUUAACUCCAGAGCAGCCCAAGCGUCCCUCCACAGUAUGUGGUAGGAUUUCGGUGCCGUUGGAUCCUGAAGCUGUGGAGCAGACGUUGCGCUCCCAGAUCCGCGGCUGUUGGAGGAGGGUCCAGAGGAGGUGUAGGGAGGCCGACCCUGGCAGAACCGGAGAGAUUGACAAAGAGGCCUUCUUAGACAUACUGGAGAAUCUCCAUAUUGACCUGACACAGCCUCAGUUUGAACAGCUGUCUGAGAAGUAUAACAUCAGCAAAAAUGGACACGUCUGCUACUCAGAAUUUCUGCAGCACUUUGUGCUCAUGCUCAGACCUCAGGCCAACACCUGCACCGGCAGACGCAAACUGCACCUGCCCAGAACACCAAUGAGUGCUGGGCCCUUAAGCAGGCUGGGCGUGGAUGCCUUGCUCAGGCUGUUUGGUCCUAUCCAGCUCAACUGGAGGACCAUCAGACGGACGUUUGUCUCCUAUGAUAAAGAGCGUACAGGGAAGAUUUCUGUACAGGACUUCAGAAAGGUUUUGAGACAGUACAACGUAAAUAUCUCGGAGGAAGAUUUCUUUCAUCUUACAUCUUUCUUGGACAAGAACAUCUCGGGAAAAAUUUCAUACAAUGAAUUUCUAUGCAUUUUCCAAAAAUGA